UGGGAGGGUGCAGCUGAGCAGCCCGCCGCAGUGCCGGUGCACGGCCGCUGCCGGUGACACGAUGGCGACCCGCUGGCUGUGGCGCUCGCUCGCCGCGGUGUGUGUGCUGUCUGUGCCGGUCGCCGCUGAGGUGUCGCUCUCUGAGACGUCGGUCCAGGUUGGGUCUCCGACCUCUAGCGCUGAGAGGACUACGAGCAGUGCAGAGAGGCUCUUGGUGCCGCCGCUGACACCGGCGCACCUGCUGCGCAGUCCCCAACUGCGGUUCUCUGAGGUCGCCGAGUCGGCCGUCGGUCAGGAGAGUGAGACGUUCGUCGGUGGUGGGUCGGGCUCGGGCUCGGAGCGGUUCGACGUGGGUCCGGCGCUGACGCCGCGCGAUUUCUCCGUCGGCGAGGAGCUGCAGCUGUCGGCCAUGUCGGUGCCGCUGCUGGCCGGCACCACCGACCCCGUGGAACUCGCCGGGGAGUUCGAGGGCGACAUCGCGCUCACAGAGGAGGACCGGCAGGCGGUGACCAACGGCGCCGUGCCCGGCCAGCGCACCUGGCCAGGAAACGCCAUCCGGUACGUCAUCGCGUCCGGCUUCAGCCAGACCGAGCGAGGCGUCAUCGCCGCCGCAUUCCGCGAGCUCGAGCGGCGCACGUGCGUCGGGGUCCACCCGGUGCCGCCCGGCACCCCGACCGGCGACUUUGUGCACAUCGUGCGCGGCCGCGGCUGCAGCAGCGCCGUCGGACGGCUGGGUGGUAACCAGACGCUGUCUCUGUCUGAGGGCUGCUUCACGCGCGGCGUGGUGCUGCACCAGCUACUCCACGCCGCCGGCCUGUGGCACGAGCAGAGCCGGCCCGAUCGCUACCAGUACGUGAACGUGCUGGGCGAAAACGUGGCCGCCGGUCGACUCCUCGACCUUCUGACGUACGCGCGUGUGCCCUCACCGCCGACUCCGACCUACCAGCGCCGCUCGCUGAUGCACCUGAGCCGGUGGGCGUUCUCGGUGGACCGCAGCCGGCCCACGCUGGAGUCGACGGCCGAUCCCACCGAGCCGCUAGGCCAGCGGGACGGCCUGACGGUGGGGGACGCCGUGGCCGUGAACCUGCUGUACGGCUGCGCGGACGGCACGGCACCGCCGCUGCCCGCACCGCUCGGUGCCGACGCCGACUGUGAGGAUCAGAACGAGCACUGCGACUACUGGGCGCGCAUCGGCGAGUGCGCCCGAAACCCCGGCUACAUGAACGAGUUCUGCGCCAGGGCGUGCAACCAGUGCGCAGGCUCGAGCUGCGAGGACCUGGACCGCCAUUGUCGGAUGUGGGCGGCGCUGGAUCGCUGCGAGCGAGAGCUCUCCUACAUGCACGUGUACUGCCGGCGCGCCUGCGAGCUGUGCCAGCGCCAGCAGCCGCGGCCGGCUGACGAGCGGUGCCGCGACCGGGUAGACUCGUGUCCUUUCUGGGCGCGCCGCGGCCACUGCCACCAGUUCGACCAUUACAUGAGGGCGCACUGCAGCCGGUCCUGCGGCUUCUGUCGAUAGACCUUGACAGGGGUUAUCGUCAGUAGGACCGGAGACGGUGAGUCAGGUCUGAUUGGCGACUGUAGAGUGCGGCAGGAAUGAUACGGGACUGCGGACCGUUUAAGUUUGUUGUUUUGUUACGGUUUCCGUGCUAUGUGUGUGUGUAUGUGUGUGACGACUGACGACGACUGGCGAUACAGGGCCUUCGUAAGGUGUGGCUGUUGUGUACAUAUCGUGAGCGUGGGUAGACUUUUUUACCUUGUCUUGCUGCUUGCUGCAUCAGCGGGGCGCUGCCAUUAUCGAGCCGUACCUACAUGCUUCGUUCGUGAAGGUAUCUGUUAUUUAUUUGGUCAUUUAAUGUGUGCAUGAUUUGUGACAGGUUUGAUUUUACUUAUGAAGUACCUAAUAAUGUGUUAAUUACUGUUAUUGUCAUUGUUAUAGCAGUCAACAGUGAACGCAAAUACCCAGAUUGAUUACAUUUAGUCUACUUGCGUAGGCCGUAGACGGUUUUGUUGCUUGUAGUUUACGGGGAUAUUGCAAAAUACGAUGUUCAUGAAAAUAAAAGUCAAUGCAAAUAA